AUGCGCUGCGCCUGCACCCACGUGGCUUGCCCCAGAGAAACGCAAGAACGCAGACGCGCGCACUGCAGUGUGCACGCCACGUGGCUGAUACAGAAAAGCCUACGUCUGCAGGACCGCUUCUUGGAUUUGAUCAAGAAGCGCUGAAUUGCAGUUGGUCCAACUCCUCAACCACAUUACACACCAGUUUCGAGCGAUUAUUUAGAGUGAGCAAACGAUCAAAUCAUGCUCUGAGCAUUAUACACACGAGCUGACCUUCUUGCUUAAACAUCGCUCCCAAUAGCGCCCAAGAUGUCGAAGAUCGCGGUUUCCCAAGUGCGCACGCAGCUCAAUGACCUGCUCAAGGGGUCUCAAGAGAAGAAGAGGAACUUCUAUGAGACCGUCGAGCUCCAGAGUGAGUGGACGAACGGUGUGGAGUCGGCACGGGUAGAGCCGGAGGGAAGGCACGAGAGAGUGCUGCUGUGUCGUAGCGAAGCGUCAGGGAUCAUUCAGAUGAGCUGGCAAAGUGUAAAGGGAAGGGUCAUAAUUCUGGCAAACGCUUCGCACAUGUGGUGCUUGAGAUGAUGCCAGGCGCUCACAAGGCAAUUUGCGAUUUUUCAUUGGCAGUCGGACUGAAGAACUACGACCCUCAACGUGACAAGCGUUUCAGUGGCACAAUUAAGCUGCCUCACUGUGAGUUCAUGCCGUACGCGUCCAUCCCGCAUGGUAGCCCCCGCCUGAACGGCUUCUGCUCCCUUUAGUGCCUCGCCCUCGUAUGUCGAUGGUCAUCCUGGCUGAUGCUGCCGAUGUCGAUCGCGCCAAGCUCAUCGAGCUCGACUUCAUGACGGUCGAGGACUUGAAGAAGCUCAACAAAAACAAGAAGCUCGUUAAGAAGGUGAGAACCGCUAAUUUGCCGAAAAGUUCAAGGGGCACGAUGGCAGAAGUUCUGUUGCUGCAGGUCAGUCGAGCGCGAGCUGAAUGAGACACCUUUCCGCCCGUUACGCAGCUCGCCAAGAAGUACAACGCUUUCCUGGCUUCCGAGGCGCUUAUCAAGCAGAUUCCUCGUCUGUUGGGUCCAGGGCUGUCCAAGGCCGGAAAGUUCCCUACUCCUGUUUCUCACGGUGACGAUCUUGAGAAGAAGGUGAUCGAGGUCAAGUCGACGAUCAAGUUCCAGCUCAAGAAGGUUCUCUGCUUGGGCGUUGCCAUUGGCCACAUCCAGAUGAGCGAGGACCAACUGUUGGCCAACGUCAUGCUUGCCAUCAACUUCUUGAUCUCCCUGCUCAAGAAGCAGUGGCAGAACGUCAAGAGCUUGCACGUCAAGACCACCAUGGGUAAGCCCAUCCGCCUCUACUAA